CUAUCCCCUCCCUUCGCCGAAAUCCUAGCCGUCACUGUUCACCCUUCCUCGCUUCUCCUCGCCGCAAUCGUCUUCCGCGGGUGGCAUCGCUCACGCUGUCCCCCGCCCAUCUCCGCCUUUCUUCCUCCGCCCAUCCCCGCCGCCGUCACCCAGCCACCUUUUCCCUCCUUUCUUCCUCCAUGAUUACAGUCGACCAGGUGAUUGGACGGUGCGGCGCCAAAUCAAUGGUGUGGGGGAUCGAUGUUCUGGUCUUGAUUCCUUUUCUCUCUUAUCUUCCCUCCUUUCUUGCUUAUGGCAUGCCAAAUCGAUGGUGUGGGGAUCGAUCGAUGUUCUGGUCUCGAUUUGCUGGUUCCCCUUCUGUUCAAGCUCGAGUCUUUGCCAUCAUGCGGCACCAAGCUCCGCCGUUCUGCGCCGCCAGCGCUGUUUGCCGAUUACAGAUAUGAUGAUAUUGGUUGGCUUCCCAUAUUCACUUUUGGUUGGAGACAUCACCAGGUUUGUUGUGCUCUAUAUGGUCUGUGCUGUGCUCCCCUCUGUGCCUGGUUCGCUGUGGGGAUGUGCGUGGGUGCCUGUCUACCAACGGAGCUGACGCUCGAUGGCCCACCUGGUAGUCACUUUGGUCCAUGGUGCGCCGGUGCUAGGUAGUUUCUUCCCUGCCUGACAGGCUUUCCUUUUGGUACACCGCCCACUUUUACUCAGGACAAUGCACUGUCUCUCUGUGUGAGACACGUCUAUUCGUGGUUCUCCUACCAACGUGGUGCACCAUGGUCCCCCAUCACACAGGUGCUUUCCUAUAUGCGUGUUCCGUGCGCUAGGAGCACGUUCACCUAACACCAUUGAAAGUAGCUGAGAAAUUAUCCGCUGGUUAAUACCACAAAAAUCCUGAUGCACAUGCAUCUAUUCGUUGCAGUCAGCGACAGGUGGGGUCAAUUUCGUGUGCUUCCCCACCUGCCAUACACUAUGCCCAUCCGGGAGGUUAUAGCUGUAUGAUGCCAUGUUUUUUUGUGAGCGCCGCGCGCUACGCCACCGCGUGAGGCACCAUCAAAUCGACGUCCAUACACACCGUACCGGCGUGCGCGCGAGCACCGAUGCCCACGUCAUGGUCUUAGCCUUUCCUUCUCCUCUUCAUACCCGGUUCGUUAGUUCUGCUCGAGGCUGUUGCUGGUUCGGUUCGCUGGUGUGCUUUGCUCCCGUUUUGCCCCUUUUCGCUGUUGCGCACAUGGCGAGCACCAGGGGACAUUGUGGAUACUGCGUCGACACUUAGGAUUUGCCCCGCUCAUCUAGUGUACGACUUUAGCUCCUCGACGCCCUGUUCAUUUCGCUCGAAGGUCUUGGUGGGGUUCGCGCUGUAGGCCAGGACGCUCGGCCGAGGUGACUCUGCCCAUUGGCUUCUUCGCUAGCCCAUGUCUGCACGCGUUCCUCGAUCCUACGAGUGUUAGCUCUUUCUCCAAGAUGGCGGCUGUGGGAGUUUCCUUUGUUUCUUUGUUGAAUGCCGUCGCAUGGCAUUGUCGCCUGCCAUCCGUCUCAUACCUCUGGGAGCUAGAUGGGAACGAUGCUCUGCCAUCCGAUGAGAGUCCCAGCAAAACCGUAAGCAAGUUCUUUUGGAUCGCUACAUCUGAUCAGCCUAUUGUUUCCCAUGAAAUGGUUGCACAUCAGGCUGUUAGAUUUCUGCAGGCCAAGUAUGGGUUCGCAGUCCACGACUACAACCUGCAGACUUUGCUUUCAUACCGUCAAAUAGCUGCCUCUGCAGUCGAUGCAGCUCUUACGGCCUCGACGCACCUUGCUAGGUUUCGGGCGCGCUAUGGUCCCAUGGAUCUGUCAUUUUUGGUAUUUGGUUUGUGCCUGCCCCCCUUCCUGUCGAGCAACUUACCCAGUUUAGGAUUUUCCCUAUACACGAUGUCGGGUAGCUCUUCCCAGCGUGUACAGCGGGCACGGGAAAGUCGAACGCGCCGACGUGCUUCUAUAGGCCAGGGAUUCUUGCAGGCUCCUGUGUUCAGCAAUGUUAGCCCUACAGCCCCUAGGCUCACCACUGUCCUCCCAGGUCUAUCAGGUUCUAUACCGAGUGUGCCGAAACCUGCUCUCAGCUUGCCUACUAUCUCGGAUGUGGGUGUUGAGUCUCAGACCGGGUCGAUUGGCAGCACGUCGUGUCCUGUGCAUGACUCACAACCCGCUCCUAGCAGAAAAAGAACACUCUUAGAUGUGCCACGGCAUGCCGCUACAGCAAAUAGAGAACGACGCCGUUUGAAGAGAGCAGGAGGUGACUCGGGUCAUUUGCUGCAGAAAAUUCUGGAUGGUCCAGUGCCUACUCUUGAUGAUGUCCUGCCCUUGCCUAAGGACUAUAUUGCAUCAUUGAAAGCGUUGUGCCCUGAGCGAUCCUACUAUGGUGGACCGUCGCAUGAAUGCCCUUAUUGUGGUGCUGCCUUUUGGUACCAAGAAAGGGUCAAAAGAGAUAGCGCUGUUACACAAAGAAGGAUAGUGUACAACUUAUGUUGCAGGGCUGAUGGGACACACCCUGCUCUCUGAUCUCUCCCUUGGUGACGACAAUGAGCGCAUUUGUGUUCGGGUUUCGCGAUUUUGGGCUUUCUGUGACCAAAAGGAUGAUGACAAGAUUCUUCACUUUGGCUUGGUCCUGAUUGAUGAGAAGGGGACUAGCAUUGCUGCUCAGAUUUAUCCCCCAUGUGAUGAGAUAUUCAGGCCAAUCAUCACUGAAGGCAAGGUGUACUACAUUAAGUACUUCCGUGUGAGGAAGUGUAACAGGCAGUACAAACCAGUCGACAACUGCAUGUCCAUCUAUUUCACAAGGUGGACUAAACUAGAGGAGCGUGUCGAUCCACCAGCUGAG